CAAAUCAUGAAAUCACUCCACCUUCAUCGCAUUCUGUCCCAGUCCACCGCGAAAAAGCGAUGGUAUCUCACUGAGAGCUGAAGCUUCGCUUUCUCGGCGGUCCUUAUCUUCGAGUGCACAAUCCCGCACGGGCGCGGCACUCCAACGCAGGCGCACCGUACCGCCCCGGUUUUGUACUGCUGUGUACAAAAUUCAUGGGUAGGAUGACCGACACCUGCGAUGACGACCGCCAACACACCUCGUCACUCUCAGUGGACAGCCUGUUCAUGCCAGCACCGUUCUCUUUUCCCCUGAAAUGUCUCCGCGAGGCCCUUUACCUCUGGAUCACCUACCGUCUCAUCCUCUACCUCGGCUACCCCUCCACCUCCAAAUCCACCAUCGCAACAACCGCAUCGAUCUACUUCACCCUCCUCCUCGUCCGCCGCCACAUAUCCCAACGACGCUGCGACCAACCCAGCGAGGCUUACGGCCUCCAACACGCCCUCCUAAACCACGCCUCCAAUUCCCGCGAACUAUGGUGCAACAUGGGCUAUUGGUCCACCGCAACCACCUUCACCACCGCAAACCUCGACCUCCUCGGCCUCCUCGCAAACAACGCCGAUCUCCACCCCGGCCGCAGGGACACCGUCCUUGAUUUAGGCACGGGUUGCGGAACACAAUCCAUUCACCUCCUCAAAAGCUACAAAUUCGAGUCCUAUACGUCGAUUACGUCGCAUCCGGCCCAACAUAGCGUCGCGAAACGGGAUUUAUUGGAGGGGUAUGGCACCGGUGGAACCCGGAUUCGUGUGGUAUUGGGUGACGCAGCGAACCCACCACCCGAAAUCCUCUCGGAAUCCUACACCAAGAUCCUAGCCCUCGAUUGCGCAUACCACUUUCCCGCCCCGAGACACCAAUUCUUCGAGCGGGUGUUUGGACUACUCGAACACGUCGGGACUUUUGCGUUGACGGACAUCAUCUUAGGCGACACCCCCUCCCUCCUCGAAAAAUUGAAGAUGCGGGCACUUUGUGUGGUGUUGGGCGUACCGUGGGCGAACAUGAUACCGUUAAGCGAAUACAAAACCGCGCUGUAUAGGGCUGGGUUCGCGAUCGAUGAUAUCGACACCGUCGACAUCACCGACGACGUAUUUGCCCCAUUCGCCGCAUGGAUCAUGAACACUGCCGAGAAUCGUACAGAAUCAGGAUGGAGGAUGUACAAAAUCUUUGCACGGGUAUUGCGGUGGUGGGCGAGUAGCGGCGUCGUCCGCGUCAUCGUCGUUCGAGCACGGAAAGGCCCUCUACACCCUCCAUCAUCGCCAGCUGCAAUCAUAACCACGGGGAACAAGAAGGAGGAAGAGGCAAGAGGAGGAUCGGUACAGCGACCAUCCGUACCGGAGAACGGGAACUGGAUCCCCAUUGAAAGAGUCUACGAUCAAACUCAACACGCGAACGGCGGAUCUGGAGGCACCACCGCCUAUCCGCGAUCUCACAACCUAUACCACUGACCGAAAACGCAAGAACGAACGGGAAGCAUAGUUAUUGGUUUUGGUAGG